AUGAAGAGCCGCAACAACGGUUUUCGCUAUCUCCUGGUGGUCAUCGAUGUAUUGAGCAAGUACGCAUGGGUGGUCCCGCUGAAACGAAAGACAGCCGCAACCGUUGCUGAAGGUUUCGAGCAAGUGUUACGCACUACGCCGCGCAGACCCGACCUACUGCAAACGGACAAAGGUAAAGAAUUUGUCGCGAGUGCUUUUCAGAAGAUACUUCGCGACAAUGAAAUACGAUAUCGUGUUACUCGUAAUCCCGACGUGAAAGCAGCUAUCGUGGAGCGAUUCAACUGUACACUCAAAGAACGCCUGUGGCGUUACUUCACGCAUAAAAAGACGCAACGCUACGUCGAUGUUUUGCCACAAAUCGUGCAAGCCUACAACAAUACAGUUCACUCGAGCAUCGGCAUGGCGCCGUCGGAAGUGACGCUUCGCAAUGCUGCUACAGCACGUGCCCACACGGAAAAGCGUUAUCCUCCGCGUCCAAAUGGCAAACCGAGAUUCCAUAAGAAUGAUUUUGUACGAACUAGUAAAACCAAGGGAACAUUUGAAACAGGCUACGCGGCAAACUGGAGCGAAGAAUUAUUCAAGAUCCGACGAGUGCUUGCACGUUCACCGAUAAUGUACGUCUCGGAAGAUCUCAACGGCGAAGUAAUCGACGGCUUGUUCUACGACCUUGAACUUCAGCGUGUGGAGGGGGAAACACGGAGAUGA